AUGGCGGCGGCAACGACAAGCAGCAACACCAAGCCUGUCCUCGUCCAGUGGAUCCUCGACACUCGGACCUGGUGGCCCGAAGCCACUGAGACGCGGCUCCUCGAGACCCAUGCCUCGCGCACGCUGGCCUUGCUGACCGAGGCCGAGCGGACCGGGGUGUUGCGGUACUACCACGUGCGCGAUGCCAAGAUGGCGGCGGCUUCGGCGCUGCUCAAGCACUACGCCGUAGCGCGGCUCGCCGGCGCGACGUGGCCCGAGGCGGCCGUCAUGACGCGCGACGCGCGCACCAAGCCCGUGUGGCGCCACCCGGCCACGGGCGCCGAGCCCGUCGCCUUCAACGUCAGCCACCAGGCCGGCAUCGUUGCGCUGGUCGCCGUCGCCCACUGGCCCGGCCCGGGCCCCGUCGACGUCGGCGUCGACGUCGUGUGCACCUCGGAGCGCCGCGACCGCGACCUGCAGCUGCUCCUGCGCGAGCCCGCCCACGGCUGGCCCCACUUCGUCGACAUGCACGCCGACGUCUUUGCCCCCGGCGAGGCUGCCUACCUCAAGUACCAGAUCCCGAGCCCCGCCGCUGCAGCUGCGGCUGCAGCUACUUUGAGCACCCCCGAGCACGUCGCCGACGCCCGCCUGCGUGCCUUUUACGCCCUGUGGGCCCUGCGCGAGGCCUACGUCAAGCUGACCGGCGACGCCCUGCUGGCGGCCUGGCUGCGCGAGCUCGAGUUCCGUGCCUUCCGCGCGCCGCGCCCGACGCCCGCGUGGACGGUUCCAGCGCGAGAGGAUGGCGCCGGCUACAGUGACAGUGACGACGCGCAAGUCAUUAACAGCAUCGACAUCCGCUUCCGCGGGAAGAAGGUCGACGACGUCAACAUUAACCUGCGGUCCAUGGGGCCCGACUUUAUGAUCUGCACCGCGGUGCGCACGCCAGAGACCAAGGCCACGGCGCUGGGGUGGAGGCUUGGCCCUUACGAGAUCCUAGCCCUGGACGAGGUGCUCAGCUUUGCCGAGUCUGCAAACACAUGA